CUCAGCCAUGCGGGGGCCGCUUGAAUUCCAAAGAUGCUGGCUACAUCACUUCACCCGGGUAUCCACAAGACUACCCUUCCCAUCAGAACUGUGAGUGGAUCAUUUACGCCCCGGAACCCAACCAGAAGAUCACGCUCAACUUCAACCCUCACUUUGAAAUUGAGAAACACGAUUGCAAAUAUGAUUUUAUUGAAAUACGGGACGGGGAUAAUGAAAAUGCAGAUCUUCUGGGAAAACACUGUGGAAACAUUGCUCCACCUACAAUCACUUCAUCUGGCCCUUCGGUGUAUAUCAAAUUCACCUCAGAUUAUGCCCGUCAAGGUGCUGGCUUCUCUCUGCGUUAUGAGAUCUACAAGACUGGCUCCGAAGAUUGUUCUAGAAACUUCACCAGUUCAAACGGCACCAUUGAAUCGCCAGGCUUCCCUGAUAAGUAUCCACACAAUUUGGACUGCGCCUUCACUAUCAUGGCCAAGCCGAAAAUGGAGAUCGUCCUUCAGUUUUUAACGUUCGACCUCGAGCAUGACCCUCUGCAAGUCGGAGAGGGAGAUUGUAAAUAUGAUUGGCUGGACAUCUGGGAUGGUAUUCCUCAAGUUGGGCCCUUGAUUGGCAGGUACUGUGGCACUAAAACUCUUUCGGAGAUCCACUCGACUACCGGCAUCCUAUCACUCACAUUCCACACAGAUUUGGCCGUGGCGAAAGAUGGCUUUUCUGCUCGCUAUUAUUUGGUCCAGCAGGAGGCGCCAGAGAGUGGAUCUCCGCUUUCUGACCGUGCUCACAGCCAUUGCUACUCAGGGCGCCAUUUCCAGAGAAACGCAAAAUGGGUACUACGUCCGCUCCUACAAACUGGAGGUCAGCACGAAUGGAGAAGACUGGAUGAUGUACCGGCACGGCAAAAAUCACAAAGUAUUUCAGGCCAACACGGAUGCUUCUGAAGUGGUUCUGAACAAAAUCCAUGCUCCAGUGCUGACUCGGUUUGUGCGAAUCCGUCCCCAGGUUUGGCACAGUGGAAUCGCCCUUCGACUGGAGCUGUACGGCUGCCGAAUUACAGAUUCACCCUGUUCCAGUAUGUUGGGGAUGCUUUCGGGACUUAUCCCCGACUCUCAGAUCUCAGCUUCUUCUACCAGAGAAUAUCACUGGGUUCCUAGCGUGGCACGCCUAGUCAGCAGCCGCUCAGGAUGGUUCCCACGCAUCCCUCAAGCCCAGCCUAGUGAGGAGUGGCUGCAAGUAGAUCUGGGCCUCCCGAAGAAUGUGAAAGGAGUGAUUAUCCAAGGAGCCCGAGGUGGGGACAGCAUCAACGUGGCGGAGGCCCGAGCUUUUGUGAAGAAGUUUAAAGUGGCCUACAGCAUGGAUGGGAAAGAGUGGCAUUCAAUACAAGAUCCCCGGACUAUGCAGCCGAAGGUUGGGCAGAUUAUCCUUGCAGAUUUUAGUCCCUGA